CAAAGCAACACACACUUGAGGGCCCUUGAAACUCUCGAAACGUUUCGCUUUCCACCACCACUACCAUGGCUAGGUCCCAACAGCGUUAUCGCGGCGUCCGACAAAGGCAUUGGGGUUCUUGGGUUUCUGAAAUUCGCCACCCUUUACUAAAGACAAGAAUUUGGCUAGGCACUUUCGAAACGGCGGAGGACGCAGCGCGAGCCUACGACGAAGCGGCGAGACUCAUGUGCGGUCCAAAAGCACGUACCAAUUUCCCGUUCAAUCCCAACGACCACAUGUCAUAUUCAUCCCAGCUUCUCUCAUCGGCUUUGAUAGCAAAGCUUCACAAAUGCAACAUGGCCUCUCUACAAAUGACGAAAAAACCAGCCCCAAAAGAGGAGCCAGUGCAACAAGUAGUGCUCCAGCAACAGUAUAUGCCAUCCGUCACUUCUAGUAGUAGCUGCAUUGUCGAAAAUAGCGGCUUUUCGGGGUUGGAUUGGUCGGAGAAGAGGAAGUACGGUGGAGUUCAAUGGGGUGAGGGGAAUUGGGUUGGUGAGGUGGGUGUUCAAGUUGAGAAUCAUGAUCAACAUCAGGAGCUUUUUCAGCCGCUUGAGGAGGAUCAUAUUGAGCAAAUGAUAGAGGAGUUGCUUGAUUAUGGGUACAUUGAGCUUUGUCCCGGGGUUCAAGCAUAGGCAGUACUAAACUCUAGCAUCUUCUACAUGGAAAAUGAAAACUUUUUGGGUUAGCUAUAUUUAAUAAAAGUAAUUAGAUUUAGAUGAGUAGUAGUAUGUAUCCAAACUUAUGGAAGAAUUAGCUAGCUAGCUAGCUAGAAUGAAAUAUGCAGCUAUAUCACACACUGUUAUUGGAAAUAGAAUGUAAGUGGGUGCUCGUAUAGCUCUACUAGUAGCGAGCAUUUCCCCCACACAUCCCAAAGGCGAGAGUUCGAAUCUUUUUUCCUCGUUUUUUCUUUGUAAUCAGAAGAUGGAGAAACAGAA